AUGCGAGCGACAAGUGGCAUGGCUUGCGUUCGCUUGCUUUACGUGGUCACGGCCGUCUCGGCCCUAGGCGGCCGCAGCGACCUGGGCCAGCAAGAACAUCAGACAUCCUUGCGACAGACGCAGAAUCUAGCACUGCUUCGGCGGCAUUUGGCCACAGACGGCAAUCGGGCGGCAUACCGCCGGCAAAGGGGCGGUGGGUUUGGCACAAUUGAGCAGCUCGUAACUGAUGAUCCACCAGGCCCAGAUGGCGUCGACAAGGAAGUCACGAAAGAGGUCGAGAAGAUCCGAAAGGACACCAAAACCCAGGUGGUGGACACAGAGGAAGAAGUUGUGAAUGACGUUUCGCAGAAGCUGAAGGACCCAGACGAUGGACCCAUCUAUGUUUGGGGGCAGAUCAUUGGAACACUCAUUUGUUUGCUAAUCGUGUCGUGCGUGUCCUUUGUAUGGAUUCGGGAGCAAUGGGAACAAAGGGCAGCAGCUACCCUGGCAGAGACCGGGGGAUCUCCAAAGUCAGCAACUGGAACUUCCCUGGUGCACACCAUGACAUGCCAAGAGCUUGAGGACUUGCUGAACACCUCACUUACAGGCCUGUCCUUAACCACCCUGCCAGGGCAAUUCGGCUUAUCAGCUGACAAGGUACAGGAUCAUUUGCAGAAAUUUGGCUUGAACAAGAUGACGCCCCCGAUCAAACCGCACAGCAUGUGGCUUUUAAUGCGGCAGGUCUUUGGUGGAGUCUUCAAUUCUUUGCUUUGGUUCUGCGUGACUGUCGAAGUUGCCCUGGCAUCGUUCAUGGGGGCAGAUGAGGCUGACCUGGUCACACCUGGCAUCCUGGCUACCGUGAUUACCAUGGCCGGCCUUUUACAGUGGUGGACGGAACAGCAGGCGGAGUCCAUGAUGAACUCCCUGCAGCAGAUGCAGUCGGCAGAGCAUGUAGACGUGCACAGGGACGGGCAAUGCGGAAAAAUCGCUCCGGAGCAACUUUUGCCGGGCGACGUCGUAUGCCUCGAGGCUGGGCAGCGCGUUCCAGCCGACAUCCGCAUCCUUAGCAUGACAGACACAGUACUUGUGGACAACUCCGCGCUUACCGGCGAGUCGGUAGCAGAGCCGCGACGCAAGGAGGCAAUGGCCAUAGAGGACGGAAAACAAGCUCCCAUUUUACUGGAGUCGAACAAUGUCCUUUUUUCGGGGACAAGUGUAGUUGAAGGCAAAUUGGCAGGCGUUGUGUUUGCCACUGGUGAUAGCACUCUUCUGGGCAAGAUCGCGAAGGGUGUGCAGCAUGCACGGCCUCGUUCAUCGCUGGAAGUUCAGAUUGAGCAUUUCGUGCAUAUGAUUGCCAUAACUGCCACCUGCACCGGCUUACUAUCUUUGGUUGCCAACAUGCUUUCGCCCCAGAAGCUUAGCAUGGAGAAGGUCUUGCUGAACUCCUCAACAGCUUUUUUUACAUUUGUCCCCGAAGGCCUCAUGCCAACAGUGACGUUUUCCUUGAUGAUAUCCUCCCGGCAGAUGGCCAAAAGGCAAGUGCUCGUGAGAAAGAUUGAUGCGAUUGAAACUCUUGGUUGCGUGAACGUUCUUUGCAGUGACAAAACUGGGACACUCACCUCAGGCAAAAUGACAGUCACAGACCUUGCAAUUAUGGAUGCCGGGAGUCUGACGAAUAUGUCCCUGCAGGAGGCACAGCAGGCAGGUUCCUCGAAUGACACAUUGAACAAGCUUGUGCAGGGCGGCCUCUUAAAUUCUAGCGCGCAGGAAAGUGCAGAGCUGCAGUUCGUGGGUUCUCCAACGGAGGUCGCCAUCGUCUCCGCGUGCCGUACAAUUGGAGGUAAGUCUUUGCAAGAAGUACGUGGAGCUGCACCUCAAAUUUACGAAAUACCCUUCAGUAGCGCUACGAAGUGGAUGCUGACAGCACACAACUCGCCGGACAAGGGCGAGCAGCAGAGUCAGCACAGUGAACAAGCAGCAUCUGUACAGCUUCUCCUCAAAGGGGCUCCGGAAUUUGUCGUUGGCUGCUGCAGGCUUUCGCAGCAGCAGUUGGAGGCAGUCACCAAGUGCUAUGAGAGCUACAUGGCCUUGGGCAAGCGUGUGCUGUGUGUGGCAGAGUAUGCUUUUGCAGCUCCAAGUAACUUUGAGUUCAAAGGCUCCGGUCCGCAAGAUGUCAAUUUCCCCCUAUCGAACUACACACUUCUCGGCGUGUUCGCGAUCGAAGAUCCGCCGAAGCUUGGUGUGCCUGAGUCGAUAUCCAACAUGAGGGAGGCUGGAUGCCAGACGGUUAUGGUCACGGGCGACCACCCGAACACAGCAAUGGCAAUUGCUCGGCGAGUGGGCAUAAUCUCGACCAUAGUGAACGACUUGGUUGACGGAGAGGACUUCCGUGCAAUCACCGGAGCCAUGAUCGAAAGCCGAGGCCAGCCACCUGAUGGAAUAUCGCUUGCAGACAUUGCUGCAGAUGCUUCUUUGGCACCCAGCUGCGCAGAGUUCUGGCAGAUGUGUGUCAAGCAUGCUUGUGUCUUUGCCAGGGUGUCCCCGUUGAACAAGCAGGCAAUAGUUCAAGCUUAUCAGCAAUUUGCAGGCCAUGUAGUCGCUAUGACUGGGGACGGUGUCAAUGAUGCCCCUGCCUUAAAGGAGGCCGAGGUUGGAAUCGCCAUGGGUAUCAGAGGCACCGAGGUGGCCAAAGAGGCCGCAGACAUAGUCUUACUUGAUGAUGAUCUUCGAAGUGUUGCUGCCGGUAUUGAGCAGGGCCGUCUCUGUGCGGAGAACCUGCGAAAGUCGAUACUUUAUACGAUGUGCUCCAAGGUGCCACAGGCACUUCCAACAUUUGCGCAGCUCCUGGGAAUACCAGUUGCACUGACAACUGUUCAGGUUAUUCUUAUCGACAUUGGCACUGACAUUUGGACCGCCAUUGCGUAUGCAGCACAGCCGCCGGAGGCUUCCUUAAUGCAUAGGAAGCCACGGCACCCGAGAAAGGAUGCAAUCGUCAACAGGGGUAUGCUGCUCUACUCCUUCGCUUAUGUUGGUUUGAUCCAGUCUGUUUGCUGCUGGGUCAGCUUCUUCUACAUGCCGGAGAUGUGGAAGUUAUUCAACAAGACCGAGAUUCCAGUGGUUUAUUCGGCUCAGGAAAAGAUUUCCAUCCAAGCAGCCACAACCAUGUACUACUGGGCCCUGGUAUGCGGACAAGUGGGUGCAGCCUUUGCGGCAACCACGACGUCUAUGGCUCUAGUGAAGUACGGCAUCCCCAACAACUGGCUUAAUUUCUUCAUCGCACUUGAGUUUUGCUGUUCCGCUGCGGUGAUCUAUGUUCCCAGCCUGCAGCACGCUUUCGGCAUGCGAGCACUCUCGAAGCAGCAGCUUGUCAUCGGGUCGAUGGCCCUGUUUCUGAUUGUGUUUCUCGACGAGCUCCGCAAAACGUGGGUCAGGAGUGAUACGGCUUCCCAGCAAGAGCCGAAGAUCCCUGUGCAGACGGUGCAGGAGAAGCGAGAGCAUGGUGACACAGCCAAAGCUUCCGAAGCAAUACCCGACAUUGGUGGCUCUGCUUAG